AUGGCGGGAUGUGGGGCGUCGUCGCUGUGGGGCCCGAGCCCAGCGCUGGUGACUGCGUUGGUGGCACUGCUCGGCCUCGGCCUCGCUGCCUACAUUGUCGGCCCGCGGCUCUACUGGUACGCCGUGGAGGCGCUCACAGCGACGGCCACAUGCCCCACCUGCAACUGCAACUGCGAUGCGCGCCCGCUCCUCGACCUACCAGAUGUGCUUACGCAGCUGCGAGUUACUAUCGGAGCCCAAGACAUUAUACGAUGUUCUCAUGCAGUAAACUUUCUUGUCAGUUUAGUACUUACACUUUAUGGUUACAGUACAAGCUUUUUUAUGAAACAUGUCCUUACUUACUGCAUUGAACCUGGACUUGUUUAUUUCUCUAAACUCCAAGUUAUCUAA